AUGCGCCGGGAUCCGCCGCAGCAGCUCGCACCGCACCGCACCGCACCGCCGCGCGGGGGCGCGCUCCGCCACCCCUCCGCCAUUGGCUGCCUCCACCGCCCCGCGCCGCGUGCCGGCCAAUGGGCUGCGGCCCCGCCCCGAGAGGCGGGGCGCGGGCGGAGCGCCGAGCGGCGGCGCUGCCCGCACGGCGCCCGGCGGGGCGGUGGGAGGGCGCGGCCGGUGCUGUGCGGCCCGGGCCGUGCGCCAGCAGCGGCUGGGCGGAGGGGGCUGCAGGGAGCCCUAGUCCCCCUCGCCUCCGUGUUUCUUUCUGCCGUACCGGAGGACAGAAUCUUCCCAUUAAGGAAGAAUGUCCCCGCCGGACCGGGCGAUGGGAGCGCCCGGGCUGAGGGCGAGCGCCGACACACGGCGGCACCGGCUGCGGGACGCCCGACGGCCGCCAGCCUGCAGCCCAGCCGCCUCCCCGCUCCCGCGCAGCCCUGCCGGGGAACCGCAAACCCAACCCGCCCCGCACCCGACCUCGCUCCGGCAGCGGAGGCGUGCGCCGCUCCUUACCUGCGGCUGGGCGAGGCGCCCUCGGCAGGCGCUGCCCACCGCUCCCGAUGCUCCGGGCGGCUGCGGGCGGCCGGCGGCGCGGGGCCGGCGGUCACCUGGACCCCGGCCUCCCCUCCGGCACCGGCUCGCCGAGCCUCAUCGCUGCCUGCGGUGGCCCUCCUCGACGCCGACUUAGGACUCCUCAUCACCCGUCAUCCUUCGGGAUCCGCCGCCGCGGCUGGCUCCCCCCGAACAAGCAUAAGCGAUGCGCGGCAGCCGGGCAAGCACCGCCGGGUACUGGUUUGGAUUGACUGCUAUUGUUUCCCAGCACUCCCCUUCUCCGGGUGCCCCACGACCCCGCCGAAAGUCGGUGCGCCGCAAGCCCUCAGCCCCGGCGGGAGCCCAGCGCGUCGCUCCGGGAGCUCCGUGGGCCAGCGGGCGGGCGGGCGAUGCGGGCGGCUCCGCGCCGCCGGACGGGCUGCCUGGGCGCGCCGCUCUUCCCGCGGCGGCAGCGUCUCGCCGCCCGCCGCCGCAUGGGGACCAGGGAUGCGGGUGCCGGGGCGCCGCGCUCCGUCCGCCUCCCCGCGCCGGGCGCUGUGCAGGGGGAGGGCGCAGCGCAGCGGCUCCUCUUGCUGGGUGGGCGGCACCUCUGGGGAGGGGGCGGCUGCGGGCGGGCCAGGGGCGGGGGGUGGCUGA